GAGGAGAGAGACGCAAAUGCGCACGCGCAGACACAUCCAGCCCAGAGCGGCUCUCAGAACGCUGUUCUGGUCAUGGUUGUCCGGGUAACUAUGUGCUGAAGUUGGGGCUGACGUCUCCUGGAGGCACAGUACUUCCCGUCGGGAUGCUAAAGACCAGUCGUCAUGAAGUGAACAUUCCAAGCAUUAUUCUUACACAAGUAGUAAAACUUUGGUGCUUCCUACGGGCAGACUUCAUGAGCAAGCCUCUUUCUGUACCGUGUUCUGAAGGUGCCAGGUGUAUGCUGUAAUACACAGAAACACUAAGUUAAUGACUGAAGAACAUACUCCGUUUAUAAUGGAGGACUACACCACCAGGACCUAUGGAACCGGAGGCCUGGACAACAGACCACUGUUUGGGGAAACCUCUGCAAGGGAUCGAAUCAUCAACCUCAUUGUUGGUGGGUUAACGUCUCUGCUGGUCCUGGUAACAUUUAUCAGUGCUUUCGUUUUUCCCCAGCCGCCUCCAAAACCAGUGAAUGUUUUUUUUGCUGUUUGCAUAUUCUUAUGUUCAAUUACUGGUCUCAUACUGAUAUUUUGGUAUCGGCAAGGAGACCUGGAACCCAAGUUCAGGAAUCUGAUUUAUUAUAUAUUAUUUUCUAUAGUCAUGUUAUGUAUAUGUGCCAACCUAUACUUUCAUGAUGUGGGGAAAUGAAGCCUGGGGAAGAGGCAGCCAAUUCGUAGGACGCAUGUUUUACUUCAAUGCCACAGAGAAGACACAAGUUGAAAGACCUUUUCCUAUCCCUUUUAGAAAAGGGAGACCUACUGCCAUAAGACUUUUUUUUUUUUUUUAAACCGUUGUUGCACUUACAGAUCGGGGAAAUGCCACUGAUGGCGCUUUCUUUGUGUUUAAGUUCAGAAGAGCACAAACUAAGAAAAGACAAGGAAUGUAGAAUGUUAAAUAUCCUUUAUUUUCAUUAAAUAUAAUACAGUUUUGUUUUACUAUGCAACAGAUGUCAGUAAGUCCUGUCACAAGACCAAAAUUGUAAUAUUAGAAAGUGACACUUUGAAUAUGCGGAUUUAAAUAAAUAAUUUACAUGCCUGUCCACAUUUUAUUUAUUUUUUUUAAACUAAAAGGCAUCGAGAACUAUAUGAAUUGUGCUCAAGACUGAAGCCAGACACCAGCCGCACAAUGAUUCUGGCCAAGAAAGUGACCAUAAGCCAAUGGAGGCUUCAAAAGUGACCAGAAUGUUUGUGUCACAGUAGAAGACAAUGUAAAUCAUGCCCCUCUUGUAUGCAUGUUGUCCUCUCGUGGAAGGGUUGGGAACCAUGCUGAACACUGUAAAACAAGACUAGCCAUCAAACCCAGGUCCAUAUGGUAAGGGGGGAAAUUUCAGCUGCACCAUAACCUAUAUGCACUACAGUCGCAAUGUUAGAAGCAAAUUUCAUAACUCAAUGCACUUCUUCACCUCUGGCCUAUGCAACUACUGUCAUAACUCAAAAGUAAUUAAGUCUGACUGUACGUCACAAAUGUCAUUUUAGUGAUGUGCUAAAGAAUGUUGUAUUUCUCUCCUCUGCAGAAGAACCAAGGGCUGAUGUAUUAAAAUAAAUCUGUAACCAGGAUAAUCGCUAUUGAAGUAAAGCCAUAGCCUAAUAGCACUUAGUACCUUAUUUUCAGAUGUGCCUCUAUUUUCUAUCUUCUGAAAAUCCAGUUUAUUUGAUAUGCAAAUGAGCCACA